CAUUGAAAAGUUGUGGUCUCCAUCCAUUUAACCUGCAGUCCAAGCCAAGAGAUCCCCUGUCUACACUCAACGCUAUUCGCUUCUUCGCUCUUGCACAAUUGAGUGCUUCUAUAAAACAAACUGAGCUCCUUUCAACUCGGUUAUAAACCAGCAAUGGAGGUUGGUUUCUCCGCCGCCACAGUCCCCAAAUCUUUCCACUUCUUCAGCACCCCUCAACGCUUUACAAAAACCACUCCUGUAUUUGCUCCGUUUGGUUACCGCAACUUUUUUAAAGGGACCAGAAGAAGAACUUCUUCUUUCACCGUUUGUUUUGUUCUAGAGGAGAAAAAUGAAACUACCCAGAUCGAGAAUUUUACCGAAGCGAACGAGAUCACGUCUAAUGAUGUGGAUGUUCAGAUCUCAGCUGCUCGCGUGGCUGAGAAGUUAGCGAGGAAGAAAUCCGAGAGGUUUACUUAUCUUGUUGCUGCUGUGAUGUCUAGUUUUGGAAUUACUUCCAUGGCUAUUAUGGCUGUUUAUUACAGGUUUUCUUGGCAAAUGGAGGGUGGUGAGGUUCCUCUCUCUGAAAUGUUCGGCACAUUUGCACUCUCUGUUGGUGCUGCUGUGGGUAUGGAGUUUUGGGCAAGAUGGGCUCAUGAAGCUCUAUGGCACGCUUCUUUGUGGCAUAUGCACGAGUCUCACCACAGACCCAGAGAAGGCCCCUUUGAGCUCAACGAUGUGUUUGCAAUUAUAAACGCCGUUCCAGCCAUAGCUCUUCUCGCAUAUGGCUUCUUCCACAAAGGCCUGGUUCCUGGUCUCUGUUUCGGCGCUGGCCUUGGCAUUACUGUUUUUGGCAUGGCUUACAUGUUCGUACACGAUGGCCUGGUCCACAAAAGGUUCCCCGUAGGUCCCAUCGCCAACGUACCUUAUUUCAGGAGAGUUGCUGCCGCUCACCAGCUUCACCACUCGGAGAAGUUCAACGGUGUACCAUAUGGCCUGUUCUUAGGACCUAAGGAGAUUGAAGAAGUAGGAGGCCUAGAAGAAUUGGAGAAGGAGAUAAAUAGAAGACUCAAAUCAUCCAACAAGGGUUGAAAAUAAUGAAACAAUGAGGACCCAUUUGGGAUACAUUUGAUCAGUGUAAAGAACAAAAGAGCUUUAAUGAGAAAUGAUCCUGAGUUUACUGUUUUUGUGAUUUAUAAAUAUAAGGUCAAGAUGUUCAUAGUGAAGAAGAAGCUAUGUAUGGAAUUGUUUACGAAGGAUGAAUGCUUUUUGGUAUAGUGUUGCGAGUGUGGGACUAUUGCCCAAAGUUAGGCCAAUGUCUUGUUGGUUGCUUUUUGUGUAGCGGUUUCGGCCCUUGGCUACGCUUCUGCUUUCUUGCUCUAGUCAAGAUAAGCUUAGGUUACCUCCGGGACCUUCUUU